UGAGUUUUCCAGUUUUUAUUUCGAUUUUACAUUAAACAUUUUAAUUAUGUUUCAAUGCGAUAAGUGUCCAUCGAAAUUUAACCGGAAGGACAAUUUAAACAGGCAUAUAAAAAAGCAUGACGGCUUACGUUUUACAUGCUCUGUAUGUGCUAAAACAUUAAGUGAUAAAUCUCAUCUUAACAGACAUUUGAAAAAUAUUCAUGGUGUGUAUAUUUAUUUUUCUAAUCAUUCAAUAUUAUUUUAUAUCUUAUAUUUUUUCCAAGGUAUCGUUAAUGCACCACUGCAUCUCAAUACUCCGAAGAUUAUUCAACCCGUACAACAAGGCGUUAUACAGAUUGCUCCGCAAAUUUUCGUGCCAGAUACUCCAGCUGGCGCUUCGAAUACAUCGGUUGCUCCGCAGAUUUUCAUACAUGAUACACCAACCGGUACUUCGAAUAGAUCGGACGUAGAUUCUCUAUCCGAUAAUAUUUGUAUGGCUGUGUUGGAUGAAUACGAAAACCGAGACUUACUGGAUGGUAUAACAGGUCAAAAGUUGCAGUUGCUGAUUGAUUAUGACAUGUUGUUAAUGUUUGAAAAUGGUAUUCGUGGUGGAUUGGUACAGGCAAGCAUGAGGCACGCGAAGGCGAAUAAUAUAAAGACCCCAGACUAUGACAAGACUAAGGAUAAAUCGUGGUUGAUAUAUCAGGACUGUAAUAAUCUCUAUGGUUGGGCUAUGAGUGAGUACAUGCCAUACGGCGACUUCGACUGGGUUGAAUCCAACUUGAACGGAUUGAGUGAGAUGUCACCAACGUCAGAUAAGGGGCGAGUAUACGAAGUCGACGUCUCAUACCCACAACACCUACACGAUCAUCAUAACGACCUACCUUUCCUACCACAAAAUGGUAUACCACCAGGCUCGAAGGUAAAAAAAUUGAUGGCAACGUUUCAACAGAAGAGGAAUUAUAUUGUUCAUUAUAGGAACCUCCAGCAGGCAAUUGAAAAUGGGUUGAUAGUUGAUAAAGUGCAUAGAGUUUUAGAGUUCAGUCAGUCUGCAUGGUUGGCAGAUUACAUUAACUUAAACACUGAGAUGAGGAAGAAGGCAAAGAAUGACUUUGAGAAAGACUUUUUCAAAUUAAUGAAUAACGCGGUAUUUGGGAAGACUAUGCAAUCGAAAAGGAAGGAAAUGAAGAUGGAGUUAGUGUCCUUUGAGAGACGACUACAAAAACUCAUUAAUAAUAUGAGAUUUAAGCAUGCGAUUAGAUAUAGCGAAAACCUGACCGCGGUCGCACUAGAAAACAAAAUAAUAAAAUUUGAUAAACCUAUAUAUAUUGGAUUUGCUGUACUUGACAUUUCCAAGACGAUGAUGUACGAUUAUCAUUAUAAUGUUAUGAAGAAACAUUAUAAUGAUAAUAUCGAACUUAUGUAUACUGAUACUGAUUCGUUGGUAUAUCUUAUUAAAACUGAGGACUUUUAUGCAGACUUGGCUGCUAAUGCUAACCUACUGGACCGGAUGGACACUGCUAACCUGCCCAGUAACCAUCCGUGUUAUGCAGCAGGAAGGAAGAAGACCCCGGGGUUCUUCUCCGAUGAGGUAAACGGAAAUGUUAUUAGCGACUUCUGUGCGUUGAGAGCAAAAUCCUACGCUUUCAACGUAUAUACUGGACCGGAGGACAGACUUGGUGGUGAAAAGAUCAAGGCGAAGGGGAUAAGAGGUCAUGUGGUUAAAAACCACAUGACUCUUGAGGAUCAUAGGAAGUGUCUGUUUGAUGAAGAAGGAGUAGAAUUGUAUAGGGAAAACAUAUCAAUAUGGUCAUUCAACCACCAACUAAUGACGAUUAAGACCAAGAAGCUGACCUAUAACAGCUAUGACGACAAGAGGGUGGUGCUAAAAGAUAAAGUGCACAUAUUAGCGCAUGGCCAUUAUAGUAUAGAGGAAGAUGAUUGGCCUGAAUUAGAUGAAGAAGGACAGAACUGGAACGAGGGAGAGAAAGGUUUAAUGAGGGGCCUUCUACACUGCAUAACAUAAUUUAUAACCUAUAUAUAUAUUUUUUUAAAUAGUUUUAUUGUAAAUAUUAUCAUGUUAUAUAAUUAUACUUGAGAUAGAUUAAUCUAUAUAUUUUUGUAAAUGCAAUACAUAAAAUUGAUAUUAUUGUAAAUAAUAUGUAUGUUUUAUUAGUUUUAAGUUAGAUUAAUAUAUUUCUUGUAAAUAUACAUACCAUUGUAUAUAUAUUUUUGUAAAUGCAACACAUAAAAUUGAAAUUAUUGUAAUUAAUGUGUAACAGUAUGUUUUUAAGUUAGAUUAGGGUAUAAACUUGUAGUUUUUUCAUGUUUAUAAUGU